GAGAGAGAGAGAGAGAGAGAGAGAGAGGGGAGGGGGCUGUCUGAGUGCUCUGCCGGGGCUUUCACACGGAGGGGAUUUCGUGGUAGAGAGAGCACGCGCGUCGAGUCUAAGGGGGAGUGAAAGCGGAGCGCCGGGGAAAAGGAGAAGUUGUUUUUGUUUUUUGGGGGCUUUUCUCUCUCGCCGAGGACAGAAGGACGUAGCUGAUCCCCGCGUUCCCCCCCCCAGGAGGUGUUUUCUCUGAACACGGGACGUGGUUUUUUGGACCAUGCCUGCCGAAGUAAAACAGGAGCAGAGUCCCAGCAACGCCACAUCACUGGCCAUGAUGCAGGAGCCCCAGGAGGUGGUGGAGGAGACGGUCACCAUCGAGGAGGACCCCGGCACCCCCACCUCCCACGUCUCCGUGGUCACCUCCGAUGAUGGCACUACAAGACGUACAGAAACCAAGGUCACCAAGAUGGUGAAGACGGUGACCACGCGCACGGUCCGCCAGGUGCCCCUCGGCCCCGACGGCCUGCCGCUGCCCGAGGGCUCCUCGCCGCUGGGCAGCUACACGGACUCCAUCGACCGGCGCUACGUGAAGAACGGCGGCGGCGGCGGCGGCGGCGAGCGCUACAUGAACCCCCAGGCGUCCUCCACGCUGACCCGCGGCUACAACAACUCCUCCUACAACGCCUCCUACAACAGCGAGCAGCCCCCCUACGGCGGCGAGCCCCCCGACGCCCAGUACGCCCGGCACUACGGCCUGCACGACGGCUACGGCGACGCGGCGGAGAACUACGGCAGCCUGUCGCGCGGCGUCAACUUCCGGCCGCCCCGCUACCCCUACAUGCCCAACAGCUACCGGCCGGAGAACAGCUACACGCUGCCCAUCCGCAAGGACGACUACGGCCACGGGGCCCAGCCCCAGGUGCCCAUGGGCGGCAGCACGGCCGAGCUGAACCGCUCGCAGCCCGAGCGCUUCCAGGCCGAGCCGUACGGCCUGGAGGACGACCGCCGCAGCCUGGGCGGCGAGGAGGAGGAGGAGGAGCCCUACGAGCUGGAGCCCGACUACUCCACCGCCGGGCGCCGCACGCUGCCGGGCACCACCAGGGGGCGCACCCACCGGGAGCCCCUCCGCGACGGGCCGCGAGCCAGAGGAUACCCGGAGGAGGCGGCGGUGGUGGUGGAGGGGGAGCUGAUGGACGAGCGCCACCCGUACCUCCACGGCAUGUACUCGGCGCCGCUGGCCCAGCCGGAGCGGGGUAGCAUGGCCAGCCUGGACCGCAUGGCGGGCCGCCGCUCGCCUUCCCUGGACAGCAUGCGCAAGGACCCGCGCUGGCGCGACCCCGACCUGCCCGAGGUCAUCGCCAUGCUGGGCCACCCCAUCGACCCGGUCAAGUCCAACGCCGCCGCCUACCUGCAGCACCUGUGCUACGAGAACGACAAGAUCAAGAAGGACGUGCGGCAGCUGAAGGGCAUCCCCGUGUUGGUGGCGCUGCUGGACCACCCCAAGUCGGAGGUGCACCGCAAGGCGUGCGGCGCGCUGCGCAACAUCUCCUACGGCAAGGACCACGACAACAAGGUGGCCAUCAAGAACUGCGACGGCAUCCCCGCGCUCGUGCGGCUGCUGCGGAAGACCAACGACAUGGAGGUGCGGGAGCUCAUCACAGGAACUCUGUGGAACCUGUCCUCCUAUGAGCCCCUGAAGAUGGUGAUCAUCAACCACGGCCUCCAGACCAUGACCAACGAGGUCAUCAUCCCCCACUCGGGCUGGGAGCACGAGCCCAACGAGGACUCUAAGCCCCGGGACGCCGAGUGGACCACCGUCUUCAAGAACACCUCCGGGUGCCUAAGGUACGUGAGUUCGGACGGGGCGGAGGCGCGGCGCAGACUGAGGGAGUGCGAGGGAUUGGUCGACGCCCUGCUCCAUGCCCUCCAAUCAGCUGUCGGCAAGAAGGACAGUCCCCUCCAGUCGGUGGAGAACUGCGUGUGCAUCAUGAGGACCUGUCCUACCCACGUCCACAAGGAGGUCCCCGGGGCCGAGCGCUUCCUGGACCCCUCGGCCCCCCAGGCCCCGGGGUCGCCGCCGGACGCACGCAAGAAGAAGGACGACGCCGGCUGCUUCGGGGGCAAGAAGGCCAAAGGCAGGAAAAACGGAGACGGAGACAAGACCUACGACACGUUGGACUUACCGAAGCGCACGGAACCAUCGAAAGGCUUUGAGCUGCUGUACCAGCCCGAGGUGGUGCGUCUGUACCUGUCUCUGCUGACGGAGAGCCAGAACUACAACACCCUGGAGGCGGCCGCCGGUGCCCUGCAGAACCUCAGCGCCGGACAGUGGACCUGGUCCAACUACAUCCGGGCAACGGUUCGGAAGGAGAAGGGUCUGCCCAUCCUGGUGGAACUGCUGCGGUCCGACUCGGACAAGGUGGUCCGUGCGGUGGCCAUCGCCCUGAGGAACCUAUCCAUCGACCGCCGUAACAAGGACCUAAUCGGCAGCUACGCAAUGCGCGACCUGGUGAGCAACCUGCCCAGCGGCCAGCAGCGGCCCGCCAAGAACCUGGAGGAGGACACGGUGGUGGCCAUCCUCAACACCAUCCACGAGAUUGUGACGGACAGCUCGGAGAACGCCCGCUCGCUCAUCCAGGCACAGGCCGUCGAGAAGCUGGUGGCCAUCAACAGAACCAGCCAAUCGUCACGUGAAACCAAGGCGGCUUCCCAUGUCCUGCAGACGGUGUGGGGCUACAAGGACCUCAGGAACGCCCUGACCAAGGACGGCUGGAACAAGAGCCACUUCCAGCCUACAGUUGCAGCAACCCCUAAAUCAGCCAAAAACGGCAAGCCUGGCUAUGAUGACACCACCCUGCCCCUGAUGGAGAAAAAUCAAGAUGGAUACACCACCAUCGACCAUAGGGAGAAGGAGUGCAAGUACAAGGCUGUGGACCCUGAGGACCCAACAGAGCAUGAGCCCUUAAAGAAUGACACUAAUAGGAAGCACUACAUUAGGGGUAACAGGCCCGCCAUCAGUCUGGUGGACGCUUGUGACGUUAAGCCCCAGCCUGUUGACUCCUGGGUCUAAAUGCAUGCCAUGGCUUAGAGGAACCACAUCCCCACAUCCCAAUGUGAGGCCCUCUCACAUCACCACUGCCAUCCCACACAGAGCUCACCCUGGUCGCCAACUCUGCAAGCAGACUUUGUAAAUGGACAAAACUAAUCAAAAAACACAGGCGCUCCUGAAAACGUGGUCGACAAAAACAUAAAAUCAAUGAGUUUAAAAAA